AUGUCCUCCUACCAGAACCCCCAGGCCUAUCAGAGCCACCCUGCGUCUCAUCGGCCGAUCCCCUCGUACAACCCCGUCGCCGCGAUGGCCGCUCCUGCAGGCACCUUUCUGCCGGGCACGAAGGUCCAGGUGGGCAACCAUCGGGUGGUGGUGGAGAAAUACCUGUCCGAGGGCGGCUUCGCCCACGUUUACGUCGUGCGCCUCCCGCAGCCCAUCGACGGCACUGAACGUGCUGUGCUGAAGCGGGUGGCUGUCCCCGACAAGGCCGCCCUCGCCAACAUGCGCACAGAGGUCGAGACCAUGAAGAAGCUAAAAGGCCACCGCCACAUUGUCAAGUAUAUCGAUUCGCAUGCCUCCCAGCUUCGCGGCGGCGGGUUCGAGGUCUUCCUCCUGAUGGAGUUCUGCUCGGGUGGAGGCUUGAUCGACUUCAUGAACACCCGUCUCCAGAACCGCCUGACCGAGCCCGAGAUCCUGAAGAUCUUCUCCGAUGUCGCUGAGGGUGUGGCCUGCAUGCAUUAUCUCAAACCCCCCUUGUUGCACCGCGACCUGAAGGUCGAGAACGUCCUGAUCUCGCGAAACGGGAAUACCCCAUGCUACAAGCUGUGUGAUUUUGGCUCCACCGCGCCUCCGCGUCCCGCCGCCACCUCCGCCGCCGAAGGCCGCUUGAUUGAGGAUGAUGUCCAGAGACACACGACGCUCCAGUACCGCAGCCCCGAAAUGAUCGACGUCUACCGGAAGCAGCCAAUUGACGAAAAGAGCGAUAUCUGGGCGUUGGGCGUGUUGCUAUACAAACUAUGCUACUAUACAACCCCCUUCGAGGAAGUCGGUCAGAUGGCUAUUCUGAACGCCAGCUACAAGUUUCCUACCUACCCUGUGUUCUCCGAGCGCUUGCGGAUGCUGAUCGCAUCCAUGUUGAAGGAGAACCCACAGAAGCGGCCCAAUAUCUACGAGGUCUUGCGCGAAGCCUGUCACAUGCAGGGCAAGGAAUGCCCAAUCAAAGAUAUCUACGCCAAUCGCUCUACAUCCGAAGCUCGUCGGUACCAGGAACUGCCACCUUCUCCCACAGAAGCGCCGCAGAUCGGAGCGGUGUUCUCCCCUCCUGUUCAAGAGACGCAAAUCAUCCCUGAGAUCGCUCCCAUGCGGCGCGGGCGCCCCACAAGACCAGACGCCUCCCAACAUAACUCGGCGAAGCCAAGUCCGUCACCAUUCCGCGGAUCUUCAGACCCCUUUGCGGUCCUCGAUGGAGGGAGCGGGCAUAAAAGUCAGGACUCCCAUGACGAGUUCACCAACCGGUUUCCUUCGCUGGAUCAAUUCGACAUACUGCACGAGAAAGGAGGCAAGUUUGACUUCGAGCCUACAGUGUCGGAGACGAAACAAGAGGAUGACGACCUUGCCCGCCGCCUCACCAAUGCUCUCGCCGACGAAGCCUUUGUCAAGCGCCCUGCGUCAGAAAACGAACCAGCUCCCGAGCUACCACGCAGACCGAACCAACCAUCUCCAUUGAAGGCAAGAUCUAUCGAACCGCUCAAUGAUCGUCGCGAAGAGCCUUCUCGGCCACAAGUGCCUCUGUACCAGCCAGUUCCCCAGAAGCCGGCCAUGGUGUCCACUGGCACCAUGACCUCGCCGCUUCCCACACCGGGCCCGUCCGAGUCCAAAACAGCUAGUCGCCCGGUCUAUAAAUUCCCACCCGCAGACAGCCAGCCUCGACCGGCUAGCCAGCCGUGGCCGGCCGAAGCGGACAAGCGACCCACCAGGCAGAAGAUCCCCUCUCCCACAAGCUCAUCUACCAAACUCGAACCAAACCCAAGGGUUUCCGCGGAUCGAAUCUCCGACUUGUCCGCUUCCUCCGCCAGGAACUCGAUGGACGGGCUGCGGCCGUCCCAUUUGGAGGUUGACGAUCCUGUCGGAAGAUCCAAGUCUGCCAAUAGUAAGGCCCGGCCCGUGUCCGUCCAUGCGGGUUCCAAGCUCGACUUUCGCGGAUCGGAGAGUGCUCGCUCCUCGCUUGAUCUUUCUAGAAGCCCGUAUGAAGCAGGAUCAUCCUUCCAGCAAUCGCGAACUGACGUGGACCAAAACUUUGAUCGGGGGAAUAUCACAUCGGACAUUGACUACCUGCGGGCGAGAGAGGAGGAGACCAAUCGCAAACGCGAGAAGCGUUACAGUAGCAGCGCUAAACAUAACAAGCGGUCGAGUCUGUCUACCCUGUCGCUGUCGGGCACCAAGACCCUGUUUGCUGGUCGGUUUGGCGAGGCUUUCCGCCGGUUCGAGAACCAGGAGAAUAAAGCGCAGUCACCGGCUGCAGAGGAGCCCCCUAGGCAAGUACUGCCAGUGGCUUCACCUGACUACGCCGACGAGCCUGUACAGCUUUCCGACAAUGAGACCGAUGACAUCUCCCCGGAGAUGCGGCGCGAACUUGAGCGCCGUCGUCUGUCACAGGAGGAGAAGCGAGUGGCGUCUGCGGCGGCAGAGUACCGCCGCAAGGUUGCAGAACGCGGCGAGGGAGGGUAUUCUACCCGUUCGUCGACUAUCCAGAAUCGGGUGCAGUCGUUCUUAGACGAGAGCAAUAAGCCACGGGUGCCACCGAAGACGGCGACCGGCUAUGGACGAUUCACAGGAGAGUCGCAAACCGCUUUGCAGGCAAAGCAAUCCGAGCCUCUUCCUGACCCUCCGCGACUGAACACGCGCAGUGCAGGCCCGUACUACUCCGAGCGUCCGCAGGAACAACCAUUCUCGCCGGUGAAGGAGCGGUGGGAACCACCGUCGGGGCCGCCGCGGCAAGAAGCGGGACCAACGUCGUACGCACCGACCCAGGCCCAACGUACGGGUCCGUCUCGACCGGUGGCACCUCCGAAGCCGAAGAACCUCCGGGUGGGCGGGGCUCCGGAAUCACGGCCUGUGAGCCACGACCGCAGCCCCACGAGCCCUGGAGAGGACUGGGAGGCGAACUUCAGCCGGAGAUUCCCCAGUCUGUCGGGCCUGGAAAUGGAAACGGAGAUCGAGCUCCCCACCAAGCUUGCUAGCCUGAGAACGAAGGAGUUUGAUGACGACUGCAAAUCCACGUAUGCUCUAGAUAUAGUUAACAUUGUCAAACGCAAUGGGAUGUCCAUCAGUCUCGGGCGCGACAGUAGAAUCUUGAGGUGGCAUUUACCAACAGCCGGACAGUACUUCGUAGGCUCCCCCGACACAGCCAUGGGUCACGUCACAGAUGCCCAUACACUGCUCAAAGUCGCUUGCAUCCGGGGACUGCAGCAUGCCGUUCAUCUUGUCGACAGAGGCUCGAAAGGCGGUGCUUCUACCUUAGGAAACUACAUUGAUUAA